AUGAAGUGGAAUUAUAUUUUUGCUUCAUGUUUUAUCGCAGCUCUGCUGCUAGAUCAGACUUCCGCGGGUCGAUGGGGUUCUAGAUCUAGAUCAAGAUCAUCAUCAAGAUCUUCCGGAUCAUCAAGUUCCGGAUCAUCAAGAUCUCCAAGUCCUCCAGGAUCUCCAAGCAGACAUCGUCCGUCAAGUAAUCAUGUCACGCAAUAUAAUCCAGCCAACUCUCUCUUUUCACCACAAAGAGCACGAUCACCAUCAUCAGGACCAUCAACAUCAUCAGCUGGAUCCUCAAGACCAUCUCAUCUUCCACUAGCCCAUUCAGCAUCAACAUCAUCUGGAUACGGUUCAUCAUAUUCACCGAAUUCACCCCAUCAACCUUCAACUUCUGGAGCUUCGUCAUCUUCUGUAAAUCCAUUUGCAAGGAUGCAAAAUUUCGGUAAUCCAAGACAUACUUCACCAUCCAGAGGAUCUGGUUAUCAACACCAGCCACUACCUGGAGGAUCUGGUCAUCAACACCAGCCACUACCUGGAGGACAUCGUAGUCGACCCCAGUCACCACCUGGAGGAUCUAAUAGUGGACAUAAUUCACGUUCUGUUUCUCCCCCGAGAUCUUCGUCACCUUCUGCAACUCCCGCACCAGAAAAUUAUUUGCCCCGUCAAAGCUUUGAUCCCAGAACUAGAUACAAUACGAGGGAGAUUCUUCAGAAUGAUGCUGUACCAAUCCCAACAAAUCCUGUUACAGGACUAGUUAGAAGAAAACCAUCACACGAAUACCAUACUUCGGAUGAUCUUUCGGAGGUACCAGUUCAGCAAACUGCUAUGAGAGACUUCGCUAAUGAACACAUGAGACUGGUUUCAUCGAACAGAGACUACACGCACAAUGAAAAGAGACAGAAAAAGGCGAAGGUCAAAGAGCUCCGCUCCAAAAUGAAUACGAAUGCCCCAGGUACUAGUGGUCAGCAACGUCCUAGUGUCCUUACAGCGCUGGAGUAUACGCCACCGAAACAACAACUAAAAAAAAUAAAAUGUGGCCGGCCAGGAUCAACAGCCGAAAGUUGUUUUGAUUAUUAUGGAUUUUCUAUGCUCUGGGUACCUACUCUCCAUCUCGAUUCAGUAACAAUAAGAGCAACUGCACCGAGAGAAAAUAAAUGGGUGAUACAUGGAUUAUGGCCAAACAAAAAGGGAAUAAUAAUCGCUCCGCCAAAAGAAUGUGCUAUGAAGAAUAUGCGUUUUGAUAUAAGUAAAUUGAGCCGGAUGACGCGAGAACUUAAUGAACACUGGUACUCGAUAAAUAUGGAAAAUGAAAGAUUUUGGAAAAACGAAUGGGAGAAACAUGGGGCGUGUGCUGCACGUUCGAUAUUUGUUAAUGACAUUGAGGGCUACUUCAGAAAGGCACUUAGUUUGAGACAUAAUGUAAGAUUUGAAGAAAUUUUGCGUCAAGCAGGUUUUGUUCCUGGAUCUAAAAUGACUUUACAACAAAUAUAUAAUGCUAUUACUCCACAUUAUGGUGCACCAUCUAUUAUAACUUUUAAGGACCCGACUCAGGCAGAUGACGUAUAUUAUUUGAGUGAAAUAAAAGUAUGUUUAAAUCAUCGGUUCCAACGUAUGGAUUGUCCACUAUCCAAAUCUCUAGAUCCCGCCGUUUUGGCUCAAGAAAUUACUUAUAAUUCAAUGACUUCAGUGCCUUAAUUACCAAUAAAUAAAACUGUGGAUGGGCCUGCAGUCAAACGCUAUUAUAAAAUAUAUUAUUUAUGAUCAUUUGA